AGACUCUUCAAUUAAGAUAAAAAGAGCUAGUAAAGAGGUAUAAAACUGCGUAUCAUAGAUUCGACUCGUGGCUUCCUCUCUGUGCCCAAUUAAUUCGGAGUAAUUGGUUAAGCUAAUUUCGAGGAGAUUUAAAAAAAAAGACUGCACACUGCCUGUAGUUAAACUAAAGAAACCUCUAUAAGCUGCAAUAACUGCCAUCGGUUUGGAUGCUAUUGAAGGGGAAUAAGAGUUGUGGGAAAGGAGACAGUCGAUGGUAAAAUGGUGGACUAGCAUCUUUAUUCUGAGGGUGGGCAGGAUCCAGUUGCAUGGCCUUAGAGACAGUAGUGACACAGAGAAUGGGUCCAGAGAGGAUCUGUCCAAAUGAGCAUGAGGAGCUGGGCCUUCAAGAACCAUCUGAUGGAAUUCUUGAUCCUGUUGGCGAAUGGAGUAGUGAAGAACCAGAAGAUGAGGAGGAAGAGAGUAUUGAUAAUGGCUAUGUAUAUCAGCCACUGAACCAAGAACCGGAUCAGGGAUCAACAACACAUGAAUUAACAGCAACUAGCACAGACCCAGCCCUUGACAUCAAUCAGCGACUUCAGGCAAUGAGACUACAUCUGCCUGACCCACCUAUCGAAAGUGAUAAUGAGGAUGAGGAGAAACUUGUAGCUCAAAGCAGUCACAGCUCAAUCCCCAUGGAUCCAGAACAUGUGGAAUUAGUGAAAAGGACCAUGGCUGGAGUCAAGCUCCCUACACUGAGCAUUCCUGCAUGGGCCAAUGAGAUAUCAAAUGAGCAGUGGCAGGAUAUGGUGCAACGAACACUGCAAGACAGACAAAGUCAGAAUGGCUUUAAGCCAGAAUGGAAAUGAAGAGCCCCAGUGAGCUACAAAGAAAACAGCUAAACUGGAGUUAAUCUACUUUAAACUAUCUUUCUCUAAAGUUAUCUCACCUUUCUCCAUCAUUGAACCUAUCAAUUCAUCUGGUAAAACUGCAAAUAAUUCACCAGUUGUCUGUAGUACUUAGUUAUAAAUGCUUAGUGAUGGUGACCGUGAGGCUGUUUUCUUAAUCUUGAGAAAAAGAAAAAAGUGUUUUGGAUAUGUGUUUAGUCUGUUCUUUCUCGUCUUCCCCACUACUUAUUAUAACACAUGGGCUAAAGAGCUAAACGUGGCCAUGAGGUGCAGUCCAGUGUAUCAUCUUUUCAAGAGAUCCAUUUUAUUUAGUUCUGUACAUACAGGGACAUCUGUACAAAAUCCAACACUGUCAUACUAUGUAAUACUCUACUGAAAAUAAAGUACACCAUAUGUACAUAA